AUGUUUGGUUGGUUCAAAAAGAAGAAGCCAGAAUCGAAUUCAGCUUAGCAAGAAGAAAAAGAUGAAAGUGAUUUUGUAGAUGAUGAAACAUAGGUGGUUACAAACGAAGAUAAAGAAUUGGAGGCUAAAGGCUUUGAUCCAAUAGCCUAAGUUCAAGAAUAGGAUAAAGAGAAUGAAGGCAUCGCAGAUCCUGAUAAAUUAGAAUACGUUGGCUACCAUGACAUCCCAGCUGAUGACAUCCUAUAAUUGGUGCUCAAUUUUAAAUGCUUUCCUAAUGAUGAAGACAUUCGUCAUCCAGAAGGAUAUGAGAAGGGAGGCAGAAUUUGUGCCGAUAAGAAAGUAGUAACCAAAGCAAGAAGUGUGGGAAAGGAAAUGGUCAAAUAAAUUGGGAAGAAAAUAUUGUCAGGAUCCUUAAAUCUUACUAAAGUGAGUUUCCCUAUUAGAGUCAUGAUUCCCAAGACAGCCUUAGAAACAUCAGUUCAUGGAACCUCCAUUUUCCCCUUGUAUAUUACCAAAGCCACAAUGACACCUGAUUUCUUAGAGAGAUUCAAACUUGUUAUCACAGCCACCUUGUCUUCGUUUUUCUGGACAAAUACCUUUUUAAAACCUCUUAACCCAAUCCUAGGAGAAACCCUUCAAGCCAAUUAUAAUGAUGGUACUCAGGUUUAUUGUGAAUAAAUCAUGCAUCACCCUCCUGUCAGUUAUUUCUUGGUCUUUGGUCCAAAUAGAAAAUACAAAUAUUAUGGAUACUAUCUAGUCGAAGGCAGGGCUGGAUUAAACUCCGUUACUAUUAUUAAUAAAGGCAGAAGAUCAAUUGAAUUCAAUGAUGGAUAGAAAAUUGACUUUGAUUUCCCCAAUGAAUUGUAUAGUGGCACAUUCUUUGGGUAAUUAAGGUAGGAGUCCAUCAACAAAAUUACCUUCACUGACAAAGCCAACGGUCUGUCAUGUAUUAUCGAUAUUGGCAAAGUCAAAAAAAGAACAUCUGAUUUCUUUUAAGCUGAUGUUACCUGUAAAGGUUAGAAGGUUUCCACAGUUUUUGGAACAUAUAUUGGUUUCAUCAAUUUCGAUGAUGUGAGAUACUGGGACUACAGAUAUGUUGUUCCUCAUAAAAUUAAAAUGGACAAAUAACCAUUAGAAAGCGAUCACAAAAAUAGAUCAGAUUUAUAGGCUUUAAAAGCUGGUGAUAUUCCUUUAGCCUAAAAAAAUAAAGAGAUUCUAGAAAAUCUACAAAGAAAUGAUAGGAAGUUAAGAGAAGCAUAUGAAAAGCAAAAGAAAUCUAAGAAGUGA